AUUUCCCCAACCCUUAUUAAAACCACCAGACCGUUGUCUUCAUUUUACACUUAUUUUAUUUUUUUGAUAUUUUUUUAAAAAAUUAUUAUGAUGUUUGUUACCUAUUAACAUUAUUCAACGAUGGGUGUAUUUAGUAAAAUAGGAAGGGUCUCCCCUGAUGUUUCAACGCUUAUUGUUAAUAAAUGUGCCAGGAGAACAUUGUUUACUAAUCGUCACAAUUAUGUGUCUAAUCCAAGGUUCAACCUGACCCUUAAAAGGAACGUCACAACUUCUUUGGCGACUGACCUUUUUAAGGAUUCCAAAUUACAUCCAAACGCGUUAAAUCAACCCCCCUGCCAUGUUACCACACUUAAAAAUGGGCUUAGAGUUGCCACUGUUUGGAUGCCAGGCUCCUCAUCUACCGUUGGAGUCUGGAUAGAUAGCGGAAGCCGAUUUGAAACACCCGAGACAAACGGUUCUGCACAUUUUCUUGAACAUAUGAUUUUUAAAGGGACAAAGUCACGUUCAAGGCACCAGUUGGAAGAACAAAUUGAACACAAAGGCGCACACUUAAACGCAUAUACCUCAAGAGAACAGACAGCGUACUAUGCAAGGUGUUUUAAUAAUGAUAUCCCUUGGUGUACCGAGUUGUUGAGCGAUAUUUUGCAAAACAGCUUAAUUGACCCAGACCACAUGGAGAAUGAGAAGCAUGUCAUUCUGCGUGAAAUGGAAGAAGUAGAAAAGUCACACGAUGAGGUUGUCUUUGAUCGAUUACACAUGACGGCAUUUCGGGACUGUUCACUGGGAUUCACUAUUCUGGGCCCAGUUGAAAAUAUAAAGAAUAUGCAACGUGAGUAUCUCUUGGACUAUAUUAAUCGAAAUUACACAGCCGACAGGAUGGUUCUUUGUGCUGUUGGUAAUUUUGAACACGAUAAGUUCGUCUCAUUGGCUGAAAAACACUUCUCAACCAUACCUAAGGCAGUGACUAAGGUUGAGUUGGAGAAGCCAUAUUUUGUUGGCUCUGAACUAUUAGAAAGAAACGACGAAAUGGGACCUUACGCUCAUAUAGCAGUUGCACUUGAAGGGGUGCCAUGGAACUCACCCGAUUCUGUGGCUUUCAUGCUAAUGCAAAGCAUCAUCGGCACCUAUAAUAAAUCUAACGAAGGCGUAGUCCCAGGGAAAGUGUCUGGAAAUAAAACAAUUCAUGCCGUGGCGAACAGGAUGACAGUUGGCUGCGCUGAGUUUUUUAGCGCAUUUAACACUUGCUACAAGGAUACUGGCCUGUUUGGAUUCUACGCUAAAGCCGACGAAGUAGCAGUUGACCACUGCGUGGGAGAAUUGCUCUUCGGAAUCACAUCCCUUUCAUACUCAGUGACUGAUGAGGAGGUGGAGCGGGCUAAGAGACAGUUAAUGUUACAGUUUCUCUCAAUGACGGAGUCGACAUCAAGUGUCGCAGAGGAAGUUGCCAGGCAAAUUCUCGUAUAUGGAAGAAGAAUGCCCGUCGCAGAAUUUCUCCUCAGACUUGAAAAAAUCGACGCUGAAGAAGUUAAACGAGUUGCCUGGAAAUACUUGCACGACUCAGAGGUUGCCGUGAGCGCAAUGGGACCAUUGCAUGGAAUGCCAUCUCUAGUUGAUCUAAGGCAAAAAACUUAUUGGCUUAGAUAUUAAUUUACUACGCUCAACUUAUAUCAUUAAAGUUAACUAUCUACAGACCAUAUAAUGUGGUUGAUUUAAAGUUCAUUUGUUAUUAUGAGAUCAAGUCGGUACAAUUUUGACUUAAUAUAAUAUUAUAUGGUAAAU